AUGGAGGUUCCACACGUGGAACACAACCUCGCCAGUCCCACGAGUCCGUGCGUGGACCUGAAGACCCUGGACAAUCUACAGCUGUGCGAUAGAGAAGGUACCAAGUCUGCAGACAGCGGUAUCGGGGAGCUGGAUGACCUGCCAGUGCCCCAGCAGAUCCGGAUCUGUAACAUCACAUGUGACUCCUUCAAGAUCAGCUGGGACAUGGACACCAGGGGGAGAGAGAGGAUCACUCACUACUUCAUAGACCUCAACAAGAAGGAAAACAAGAACUCCAACAAGUUCAAACACAAGGAUGUGCCGACUAAGCUGGUGGCGAAGGCAGUACCCCUGCCCAUGACCGUGCGAGGACACUGGUUCCUAAGCCCCAGGACAGAGUAUACUGUGGCCGUACAGACGGCUGCCAAACAGCCCGACGGAGACUACGCCGUGUCCGAGUGGAGCGAGAUCAUCGAGUUUUGCACUGCAGACUACUCUACAGUCCACCUGAACCAGCUGCUGCAGAAAGCGGAGGCGAUCGCAGGCCGGAUGCUGCCAUUCACUGUCUUCUACAGAAACCAGCAGAAAGAGUACUUCUACCAAGCCAGAGAUGCUCAGUGCAACCGUAUGCUGCCGUCGGUCAAGGACAACAGCGGCAGCCACGGUUCGCCCAUUAGCGGCAAGCUGGAGGGGAUCUUCUUCAGCUGCAACACAGAGUUCAACACAGGGAAGCCCCCACAAGACUCCCCAUAUGGACCUUAUCGCUUCCAGGUCCAAGCAGACGUCCUCUUCAACCAAAACACCAACUUAUACUUCGGUGAUUUUUACUGCAUGUACACGGCCUACCACUAUGUAAUCCUGGUCCUGGCUACUGAGGGGUCCAAAGGAGACUCGUUCUGCAAAGGGAGGCUACCGGCCUUCGAUCGAUCUGACAACCGCUUCCUCACCUGUGUGGAAGCGGAAGACGGGUCGCUGUCUUUCCAUCACGCGCAGGACGUCAUCUUGGAGGUUAUCGUCACAGAACCGGUGGACCUGUCGCUGGGGACGGUGGCGGAGAUCAGCGGGCACCAGCUAAUGAGCCUGUCCACCGUCAACGCCAAGAAAGAUCCCAGCUGCAAGAUCUGCAACAUCAGCGUCGGACGCUAG